AUGGUUGCUGUUUGUGUGAGGGGUUUGCCCUUUUUGAAGGCAAUUGUGAUGUCAGGGAAGGUAUUGGCUGAGCAGUUUAGGAGUCAAGGGAUACGUUAUGAGGAUACCUCUGGAUUCCUUUGGUGCUCAUUGUGCACAACUGCCGAGGGGCCGGGGAUAAUUGAAGUAGCCUCAAAAGACUGUGUAUUGGAACACUGCGCCCUAAAACGACAUAUGCUUUUAAUGGAAAAAAUGUUUGCUAUUGCGCAGUACUGCCCUGUCGAAAUAAAUGGGCGAUACAUGCUGCUCGACCAUCAUUGUGUAUAUCCUACGGCCAUGUUUGGUAAAGGAAGGCUUUUAUUGGACGAGACGUUAGGAUGUUUGAUUUCCGAGGACGUGUGCGGGGGAGUGAAGGUGUUCCCCCGGCACAAGUAUACCGUAGUGGAGCUCGUUAUUUGUCCUAGUAGCGUGCGCCUGCCACAUGGGCCGGACUACGUGCGGGAAAGAAUGACACGCAGUCGGAGAUGCCGAUCGGGCGUCGAGAGUUGCAUUACUCAGCAGAAUAGCUCCGUGGGGGGUGAGACAGCGACAAUGAGGCGCCGGAGGCUUGUCUUUGGGAGAGUGAAUAUGCAAGAAAGCUAA